UUUUUUGGAAUUACAGCCGUUUCAACUGUUUCAAGAACUAGUGGGAGCAAACCAAGGAGAAGCUUUAGGUGCAGCCUAGCCCUGCCCAGUUCAGAGCGUUCCCCUCGCGUCUAAGCAGUACAAGUCACAAGGUCCCACUCCUUACUUUUCCUCGGCUACUCUGGGCGUUCCUUCCGUAACCCUCUAACACACUGCGCUCAAUUUUCUACCUCGCUCUUCCAUCUCGACGUAUUCAUGCUCUACCCUAGCGCUCCGCGGUCGCCAUGCAGAAUAACCAUAAGGAGCACCUCUAUAAGAUCCUGGUGAUAGGAGACCUGGGGGUGGGGAAGACGAGCAUCAUCAAGCGCUAUGUCCACCAGAACUUCAGUCCUAACUACCGUGCAACGAUAGGUGUGGACUUUGCCUUGAAGGUUCUCAACUGGGACCAGGAGACGGUUCGAUUACAGCUCUGGGACAUAGCAGGUCAGGAGCGGUUUGGAAACAUGACACGGGUGUAUUAUCGUGAGGCCAUGGGGGCAUUUAUUGUGUUUGAUGUGACGCGGCCAUCCUCCUUUGAGGCUGUCACCAAGUGGAAGGAGGACCUGGACUCUAAACUCACACUGGCCAAUGGGAAAAAUGUGGCUGCCGUGCUAUUGGCUAAUAAGUGUGACCAGGGACGGGACAUGCCAAACAGUAAUGGGAUCAAGAUGGAGAAGUUCUGUCAGGAGAAUGGCUUUGUGGGAUGGUUCGAGACCUCUGCCAAGGAUAACAUUAAUAUAGACGAAGCAGCUAACUGCCUGGUGAAGCACAUCAUCGCCAAUGAGAAAGAUAUCCUCCAAUCAGAAGUCCCUGACACCAUCUCCCCCCAAUUAAACUCUGGUGGGGGUGGGACCUGCUCCUCUUGUUUCAGAUCGUAGAAUCUCCAUCAGCAUCUUCUCUAGCCCCAUGCACGCUCAUCUCAGAAGGAAACAACGUUCUCUGCUUCUGGCCUCUUGCCUGUUUAUUUGGGGAGUCUUUCUCUCAUUGGAAAGAAUCCAGGAGCCACGCGUUUCUGUCAUCUUUGUCUAGUUUGUUUGUGUGUGCGCACCGUGUUUACUCAUUGGUUUGUUUGUGUUUGUUUGAGUAAGUUCUGUGUUUAUUUGCGCAUGUGGGUUUUUAUCCAAGACAAGGUCACCGUCAAGAUGUCUCAGAACCUAGUCACCGUCUCAGUAACCAUGGAGACAGCGCUAACGAAAACAGACACGGGCACCCACACGCUCUGUUUUCCCGAGUUUGUUUCUAUAAACGCAAGGAGCCAGUGACCUUUAUUAGAUGAUUCGCCCUCAUUUAGCUGUCCUUUAUUAUUUAUCUUUCUAUCCAACAAUUCUCUUUUGUUUUUCUGUUCCUCCCUGACUACAUCUCCCAUGUUUCCUCACUCAAUUCCAAAAAUGUAACCGAUCACAUUUUCAAACGACUGUAAUCUUACCAAUUAGAAGGUUCUGCCACAGUUUGUGAGCAGAGCAUUUCUAUGCAAGUGAACUCGCUGGCAUGUCCAGUGGAUUUCACACAACAGUAGAUCACAGAGACAUUCAGAACAGAUUCUUGUUCUGUUUUUAAUUCCUCAUGUUACAUAUGUAAUGUAAAAGAUGUUAUGUAUUAUGGAUGAUGUAAUUAAUAUAUCCAUGGACUAUUGCUUUUAUAAUGCAGAAUGUCUUUGUAUUUUUAUCUUAAUUUAAUAAUACAUUUGGUGUUUAAAUAAAAUGCAACACUAAAUCAUGUCACCACCUCGGCUUAACCUUUUUUAUAUAAGUUCAAAUGAAUGUUGUACUUUCAUCAUUUUGUAAUGUUUGAAUAUAAGAUUAAUACAGAUAUUAUGGACUGUAC